AUGAUAAGGCUGCUCCUCAUAUUGAUGCUUUCAUCAAGAAGUCUGGUCCUGUGGGAAACUUCAUCCAAUCAAAGUUCUCUACCAGAACCGCUGGUUCCACUGUCGGUGCUAAGCCAGCCCAAGAACCAGCCACUGGUUACUCUUCUGGCUCCUCCCAAUUCCCAGACGUCCCUUCUGCUGCUCCAAGCUCUAUCUCCGAGGUCGUGGACGAAACUUUUGUGGACAAGACCCAACUCCCAGAAGAACUGCACUUGUAAGCAGCCAGCAGGCGAAGGUAUUCGAGAUGUUGAUGUUUUUAUAUUUACUUCGCUAAGUCACUACAUCAAGCUUAAAGCUGUACCAUCCUCUACUGAAUUUGCGUGUCUAAUUGCAGUCCUCGGGGGUGGGGAGUCUCUCAAAACAUGCAAUAUACUUGGAUCCCUUGUUCCUUUCAACUUUUUGUCCUUCUUCUGUAGAGUUCCACAUAAUCUCUACGCACUUGUCUUGUUUCUCCCAUUCCUCACUUUUCCUUUCAAACAAUGGGUGCUCUGUCAA